GUCCGUGCCUCACUGACGUGCGUGGCCAUCUUCUUGGAGGUGCAUUAUGUCUGUCGACUUGAUAAUCCCGUCAAGCCAGCACAGCACGCAAGCUGUUGAUCUGCGUGUUCGUUCACUCACAGUGCAUAUAAAGGGAUAUCGACACAUACACAUCUGAUGCGUGAGCGAUAGCUAAGAAUGCAAUCGGUCCAGGCAGUAUCAAAACCGACCCCCUGUCGUCCGCAUCACCUGUUCUGCGCCAGUUGCAGAGUGUACUCGUAAAGGAAGAGGGACAACGCACUGCUGGGCGCCGUCAUGCACACGCGCGGGACCACACCUGCACACAAGCACACACGCAGCUCGAGUGCGCUCGCUACUCGUGAGCUGUCUGGUCUGACCUCUGAAGAAUCCGCGCAUGCCCUCUGCCUUCAGCAGAUAACGGCCGUGGGCCAGCAUCCCUGAUCCAUCAAAUAAAUCCACACAAACAAACAUAAGGCCGGCAUGGCAUGCAUACCGAUUUCUCUCGCGAGUCAGACAUACUCAUCUCACUCACUGACUCACCCGGCGAGUCCCCGUUGGGUCCGCUCCCCUUGCUCAUCGCCUCUCUCCCCUUGUGCUCCAUCAGCACGUCGGCAUGGCGGCCCGGCUCGUGACACGGCGGAAUCGGCAUGGCUGUCUGCACCCGGGUCUUCAGCACGUCCACCGGUUGGGUAACAAACGCCGCCAUCGCACCAGCCACCAGGCCCGAUGCCAAAUGCACAGCAGCUGCCGGCCAUGUGAGAUGUGAGAGGACGUCCUUGCUCGUCUCGUAGCAUGACCACCACACGGCCGAGAAGGGCGUGUAGACGGCCGCUGCCACCCCCCACCCACGGAAGAAGCCCCGGAGCCCCUGCUGGCUGUAAAUGUGCUUUAUAACCUGCCAGCUGUUUGACUGAGAUGAGGGGCCGAUAGGCUGGUGCGUCUUGUGCGUGGCGGGCAGCUCCUGAAUCAUCAUGUGCUGGGCGACUAUGUCGAAGGGCAGCCAGAAGGUCAGACACACCGCAUCGGCAGCGACGCCGGCAACCCCAGGGAUCACAAAAGACCGCACCCACAUAUCCCCAUCUGUCUGUGUGGCAGCCGUGCUCUUGUCGCGCCGCUUCAGAAGUGAGCUCUUGGCCACGUUGUAGACCGUGUAGUAGAGGAUGUCACCAGGGACAGACGGACACGCGCCCCACAGAAAGCCACGAUAGAGGCCGCGGACACCGCUCCUCUUCAGCAAGCUCACGAUGUGCAUGAGAGUGGACUCGUGCAGUGGGGCAGCGGUGGCCCCUCCCGAUACUGCCCUGUCCAUGGCGGCCCUGGUCUGCAUCACCUGCUGCUGAGUCUUCAACAGGGACAGGGGGUACCAAAACUGAAGGACACACACAGACAGACAACAGACAGACAGUGUAAAGGGGCGUUGGCACAGGUGGUUGUGUAUCUUACACAUUGCUCUGCCAAAGAUAUCACCUAAACACGCAUGCGCAUCAGUGUCACGUGCAGCGCAGCACAAGCAAUGCAUGCCUCCAGGUCUGUCUGUCUGUGUUGCUCCCUCCCUCCCUACCCCUUUGAUCAGAGAAAAGCGGCCGAUGUCGACUGUGUCCCAUGGAUUACUGGAGCCGUGCAUGGUAGGUACUCCAGUACUUCAACACUGCAAAUCAGAUCUAUCAGCGCUCUGAGAGAUCAUCAGACACAGACGCACACAACUUGCUUUGCUUGUGUAUUUUGUGCUGUGUUUUCUUUUUCUGUGCGUGUGCUCCUUGCCUUCCCUCCAGCUUG